AUGGAUUGCUCCGUCGAUUCGGAAUAUUCCCUGAGACCUUCGGCGCAAACCCAGUCCAAGGGCCUGGAUGGAUCCGUCCGCCUGGAUAUUGACCUCAAAGAGUCUUUGAAAAUUUGGGAAUUUCCCUGGGUCCUAAGCUACCGUGUUGGACUCCAUAACGAGCUAAAGAGGGUUGCGACAAGUAAGGAAGGCAAGGGGACUCCUGCUGUUCUCAAGACCUCGAGCCAAGUCGUCGAUGUCGAUGUUGAGUCUGCAACCAUCACCCUGCGAGAUGGCACACGAGUCUCAGGCGAUAUGGUCCUGGGAGCAGAUGGUGUUAGCUCCAUAACGAGGAAGGCAAUCGUCGGCGAAUCCCACAAACCCUUCGACUCGGGCAAGUCCGCCUUCCGAUUCCUCAUCCCUCACGAAAAGAUUCGGGAAAAUGCCGAUACCAAGAAAUUUACUGAGCGAGAAGGCUACAUGACGAUUUGGUACGGGGACGACAGGCGUCUGGUCAUGUAUCCCUGCAACGACAACACGACCAUGAACUUAGUCGGUAUUCAUCCAACCGAGUUGUCUGCCUCCGAAGGUGAAGGUUGGAGUCGAGUCGGUAACAAGGAGACGCUUCUCGAGACCUACAAGGACUUUGGACCCACCGUGGCUUCCUUGCUUCAAUUGACGGACCCCGCUGAGCUCAAAGUCUGGACAUUGCUUGAUAUGGACCGUAUCCCUCGGUGGACAAAAGGACGACUUGCGCUACUUGGCGACGCAGCUCAUCCUUUUCUCCCUCAUCAGGGACAAGGUGGCGGUGUUGCCAUCGAGGAUGCAACAUCCAUCGUUGCCCUCUUCCCCCUUGGCACUACGCGCGAUGAAAUCCCGGAGCGUCUCUCACUUUACGAAAAGAUUAGAGACGAGAGGGCACACAAGAUCCAAGAGUUCACGCGGGUAGCGGGCGCAGAUCUCAACGAUGCCACCCGCAAAUCAUUCAACAUCAUGGAAUAUUCCAAGUACAAUUACGGCUUUAGCGAGUGGCACAAUUCCACCCGCGCCCUCAAGGAACACCUCUGGGCUCGCAACGGCCCAACGUACUGGCGCCAGCCCAUCUCCUUCGGGCCCAUGACGAGCCCGCGACAAGACCACUACGGGCGCCUCAUUCCCUCGGACAAGUCUAGAUACGUAACCCAUUCUCUCCGCUUCAAGACUUCGGCGACGUACUUGCAGACGCUCUUCCCUACCAAGUCGUUCAGCUUCGUUUCCCCGGGAACCGUAGUCGAAGCGAGCUUCCAGUGCACCCAGCUCGACAAGAUGGGCUGGCUUGGUGGUGGCGGCUAUCACUACGCUGGUCUUUGGAUUCACGGGGUUCAGUAUGAGAAGAAGGACGGCACUAAGAUCGUCGGCUCAUUCCUCCCUGUUCUCUUUGAGUCGCUCACUGACCCCAUCACCACCGGGCGAGAAGAGUUGGGUAUGCCUAAGCUAUACUGUGAUAUUAACGUCACGGGGACAGAGAGUUCAAGCCGUGUUGCUUGCGGAUGGAGAGGUGCCAGUUUCUUAACCAUGAAGCUCGACGAUCUCGCCGAUAUGCCUCUGGAAAACGGAACCCACAGCGCGAACUGUAAGACCAGUGAUCAACCUACUGCUGCCCCCAGUCAGGCCCCCAAACCUGUAGAGCAAGGUCUCUUCGUCUACAGGUACAUCCCGGCCGUUGGCAAGCGAGGCGUGGCAGACGCUGAAUAUCCUGUUUUCAUCGACUAUAAGAAGGCAACGGCGACUCGAGUCGCAGACAAGACCGUUUGGUCUAGAAAAGGAAGUAUUGAGGCUGAUGGGCGUGACUGGGAGUCGCUGCCUACAUUGCACCACAUUGCUGCCGGUCUUGCUGAAGUCCCUGUUUAUGAGGUUAUCGAAGCAAAGAUUGAGGAGGGUCACGGAGUUGAGGAUCUCUCUCAGGCGGAGCGUAUUGAGUGA